UGCCCAGAGCCUGAGCAGUUGUUUACUCCAAGAGAGUGAGGGGAGCCAGCCUCCCGCCCUGAUCCUGGCCAGAGCCAAGUUGACAUUCCUGGAAUUCUGAGCGCUGUGUGUGGAUUUGGGGGCGGUGGCUGGCCUCCGCUUCCUGAGCUCCUCCCUCCAGCUCCCUGAUUUCCCAGGAGAGGCCAUGGGGAGCAGUGCGGCUGCCCCCGUCCCAGCCCGUGUGCGUACUCCCAACACACGUGCACGAAGGCUCCUUGGGGCCCUCGAUCCUCCCGUCUCGACUCUGCCGUGGCUCAGGCCUGACCAGGCUGGACCAGAGGAACCCGGGGGAGCCUCAGAGCUGGGAGGCUGCGGCAUCCUGGGCGUUGGCAUCUGGCUGGCUGCCACGCAGGGGAACUUUGCCACCCUGUCUGCCUCCUUCCCAUCCUUGUCGGCCGCCAACCUGCUCAUCGUCACCGGCACCUUCGUCAUGGCCAUUGGCUUCAUGGGUUGCAUUGGGGCCAUCAAAGAGAACAAGUGCCUCCUGCUCACCUUCUUUGUGAUGCUGCUGCUGGUGUUCCUGCUGGAGGCCACCAUUGCCAUCCUCUUCUUCGCCUACACGGACAAGAUCGACAGGUACGCCCAGCAAGACCUGAAGAAGGGCCUGCACCUGUACGACACCCCGGGCAACGUGGGCCUCACCAACGCCUGGAGCAUCAUCCAGACCGACUUCCGCUGCUGCGGGGUCUCCAACUACACGGACUGGUUCGAGGUCUACAACGCCACACGCGUGCCCGAUUCCUGCUGCCUGGAGUUCAGCGAGAGCUGCGGGCUGCAUGCACCCGGCACCUGGUGGAAGGCGCCGUGUUACGAGACGGUGAAGAUCUGGCUCCAGGAGAACCUGCUGGCUGUGGGCGUCUUCGGGCUGUGCACGGCACUGGUGCAGAUCUUGGGCCUCACCUUCGCUAUGACCAUGUACUGCCAGGUGGUGAAGGCUGACACCUACUGUGCGUAGGCUGCUCGCCGUCCGCCACCCCCGCUUCGCUGCCAAAAGAUGUCGCCCACCAGGGAGACGACCACGUCCCCACCUGUCUCUCCUGCUGCAGAACUCUGCGCCAGUCUGGGUGUGGGGGAGGGAAGGAGCAGGUGGCUGGAGCCCCCAGGACCCCUGGCCAGGCCUGUGAGCACCGUGCUAGAGGCGGGAGCCUAGUACUGGCCACAUGCCUGGGGCUGGGGGCAGGAGGGGCUUCUGGCGCUUUUUACAUCCAUGGAUUCUCCAGCGCAGUGUUUUUCCCCUGCGCCCCUGUCCGGGGCAGGGGGUUGGGGCCACACACGGGUUGGGGUGGGGGGGUGAGGGGCUGACCACUGGUCCUGGUGCUCAAGAUGGGGCCGCAGUCCCGUCAUCCACAUUCCCCUUGGGGCCAGAGCAGGCUCCAGGUGCAUCUUAAUAAAGUAUGUGGGCAGCAGCCCCCCACCCUUGUGUCUGUCACUCUCCUGACCCCUAGGCAGACCCUGUAUGGCCAUGGUCCCCCCACUGAUAGGGGUCUGGUGCCUGGAGUGGGUUUCCUGGGCAUGUGCAGGCCCAGGUGAGCUGUCUGGGCCAAGCAGAUGGUGGCUCUUGUGCCCAGAGGGGACAGCCAGCCCCAAAACCUCCAGGAAAUUGGCUCCAAGAAGUGGCACAGGAGCUCUGAGGAGCAACCCUGAGUCUCCCUGAGCUGCCAGUGGCCGUCCUGGGGGUGCCCUCCCCCCGGCCCGCAACCACCUCCAUCCAGCCCGUGCUAGGGAUGUUCCCCCAACCAUCUCCAUCUAGCCCCUGUGCUGGGGACAGCCCCCCACCCGCGACUAUCUCCAUCUGGCUCCCAGGCCUUGCUGCCCUCCCCCAGGGGUGUCCUCCCCCAGUGGCAUUCAGCUCCAUCUUUCCCACUAUCUAUCUUUCUAUUCCUGUUUGGUUUCUGGGAGCUCUGCCCCUUAAGUGUUACUCUGUAUGGAUUUUGCAAAUAAAGUGGGCUGUCAGGAGCGAAGCACUUGCA